GAUAAAGUGGAACUUAUAGACCAAGGUCUUCCGGAUUCAUUGAACUACAACCCUUCACCUCGUUUUAAUGGAAAUUUCCAUUGGCUACUCCUUGGUGGGUCAAACUUGAAGUUAAGACCAAUUGGAGAAAUGCACGGUGGAGCAUGUCGUGGUGCAGGAGUGUACAAAGAUGCAACGGUUCGCCAGAUUGAGUUUCCUCUCAUCAAAGCCUAUAUGCCUACUUUAGGGUAUGCCCUGGUAGGCAAAAGUUAUAAGAAAGCGGGGGUUGGAGAUUUACCCCGAGGGUUAUUUUCUAUUAAAGGAACAGGGGACAACCAGGGAGGAGGAAAGGAAGCCCUUCGAUAUAGCGGACAGCAGCCCCAACCUAGUCCGCACCAGAAGGUGAUUAUAGUUCAAUUGGUAAGAACGUCAGUUUGUGGUAUUGAAGCGUCUGGGUUCGAGUCCCAGACCCCCCGUGUGGCUCCACAGGGUACUACUACCCUACGGAGUCUCACAGGAGGCCUCCGGUCUGCCCAAACUACUUUGCCAGAUUCAGAGGGAUUAAUGUACGGGUCUGCAAAAUCCGUGAUGAGCGUUCGAGUCGCUCCCCAGCCUUUUGAGGUACCCAAGGUGCCCGGUGGUGCGGGCCAAUGA